AUGGACCGCAGACUGCUCUCGAAGCCUCAUUCGGCCAUCGGUGGUGAGCUGACUAAUCGAGAGAAGAUCGUCUCUCACAUGUUCAGUAACUGCGUCACUUCUGAAUUAUCAGUUUCUGAUGAUCUCGACCACUAUGCUCAUAGCUACCUAGACACGAUGGUGUCCUUCUGGCCGUUUAAGGCCGACGACAGUUCGGCGGCGUCGUUCGAGAAGGUAUUGAGCCAGUUAUCGAGUAAGAUAAACCGUGUUAGCACACAAAACGAUAGCUUCAGGCAGAAGCAGCGACGGUAUAAGGUCCUGUGGACACUGUACACCACCUUUGCCUAUAUCCUGGUCGCGGCAAUCCUUACACUGGUCACUGGCUAUCAGAGAUGGGGAGCAGUAGAGUACACAGCCAUAGUCGGCAGCCCAGUACUGAUCUUUGCCAUUCGAACCGCUUUGGAUGCAUACUACAACUAUCGGCUCAGCAACUCGCAAAAUCACCUGAAUGAGCUGUAUAAGCAGAGGGAACAGGCGAUUCAGAAGCUGAAGGCUGCCACAAAGUAUGAUAGUACGCAGCAAUUGCUUGACAAAUAUGGAGGCACACCAAAGAAGCGAGCACCAUCACCACAGCCGCAGAAGAAGCGGCAGUCAGAUGGUCCCCAAGCAAAGCAGAACAUGGCGCCGGUGCAGCGGACUGGCUUUGCUCCUCCACCUACAGCGAACAUACAGCGACCCUCUACAAGUGGAGGACCUCAGCUAUCAGGUCCGGCAAGUCAGCCCCAACGUUCUGUGACUGGACCCAAAUUGGCCAUCUCACCACCGGAGCCCAACGAGGAGUUUGCACCGAAUGCGUUCUCUGCCCCUUCACCAACACAUCCACCUGCACCGAUGCUACGACAAGCUUCCGCUCAGUACUCGGAAGGAUCGAAGUGGUAUGAUCGCAUAUUGGACGUGGUGCUAGGCGAAGACGAAACACAAGCCAAGAACCGUAUGGCAUUGAUAUGUCAAAACUGCAGACUUGUGAAUGGGCAAGCGCCACCUGGGGCGAGGACGCCGGAGGAUGUGGGAAGAUGGAGAUGUAGCAGUUGUCAGUCUUGGAACGGCACGGAAAGCGAGCAUAAGCAGAUCUUGAGUCAAAUCUCUGGCACUGCACCACAGAGGCCUACCAGUAGUGGCGAAGAAGCCAUACCGCAGGCUAUCGAGGCUGAUGAUGAAAGUGCUGAGUUUGAGCAUGUGGAUGAAGUCGCGGAUGACGAGGACGAGGUCGAGGUUGCCACCGAAGCCGCACCUACAGCGUCGACACGGAGCAAAAUGCGGCAAAGAAAGAAGGAAUAA